AUGAAUACAAAUUCUAACAUAGAAGUAUUGUAUAAUUAUAUAAGGUAAGUUCAGGGAUUGUUCCAAUGAAUGUAAAAAUGCUUAAUUAAAUAACUUUGGAAGGAAAUUAAGUAUAUUACGAUAAUAUAAAUUUAACAAUUGUUACUAUCCAUGGAAGAUUUCAUUAGAUUGCUAAAGAAUAAAAUUAAGUAAGAUACAGUAUAUCGAUAAAUGAUGACAGUGGAAUUCUAAAGUUAACCUAUUUUGCAAAUAAAUAGCAAGAUGAUCCAAUUUUGAAAUUGAUAGAUGAAGGAAAGUAUGUUAAUAAAAUAAAUUAAAAUAGAGAUGACCCUUCAUUUUAUUACAAAUUCAUAGUCUCAUUAAAAAUAUUUAAAGACGCUCCUUAUUUUGUUUUAUAACAUUAUUAAGCAUCAAAUUUAUCAGAUUGGAUGUAUCACACAAUGAAAGUUAUUCAAUUAGAAGUGUAAUCUAGACCACCAAUUGAUUGGAAACAAUUAAAAGAGGAGCCAUUAGAUAGAUAGAUUGAAGAAUUUAUUAGACACAAUAAAAGAGCAAAUAUUGGGCAAUUAUUAAAAAAAUUUAAUUGUUCUUUGUAACAAUUAAAAGUGUUAAUAGAUUAACUAAAAAAGCGUUCGGCCAUCGCUGAAUGUUUAAAUAAAGAAACAUUUAGAAUAGUUAAUUGA